AUGGCAGCCUUGGAAACUCAGAAGAGACCCUUGAUGUUGGCAGCGCUCAAUGGACUGUCUGUUUCCAGAAUUCCUUUGCCCGAGGACAGGCAGAAUGACACUGUGAUCGUGCCAGUCGAUGAGAGGUGCAAGGCCUUGAGGCGGAAGCUGGAGGAGGGGAUGGUGUUUACAGAGUAUGAACAGAUUCCAAAGAGAAAGGCAGAUGGAGUUUUCACCAUAGCAGCAUUACCUGAAAACACAGAACGCAACCGAGUACGCGAAGUUCUUCCUUACGAAGAAAAACCGUGUAGAGCUUGUUCCCACCAAAGAAAACCACACUGGCUACAUCAAUGCCUCACAUAUAAAGGUGGUGGUAGGUGAGAGAGAAUGGCAUUACAUCGCCACCCAAGGUCCUCUACCUCAAACCUUCCACGAUUUCUGGCAGAUGGUUUGGGAGCAGGGAGUGAAUGUCAUUGCCAUGGUGACCGCUGAAGAGGAGGAAGGAAGAGCCAAGAGUCACCGUUACUGGCCCAAGCUGGGAUCCAGACAUAACUCGGCUACAUACGGAAAAUUCAAAGUGACCACCAACUUCCGCACCGAUUCCGGCUGCUAUGCGACGACUGGGUUAAAGAUCAAACACCUUAUGUCCGGGCAAGAAAGAACCGUGUGGCAUUUGCAGUUUACCGACUGGCCAGAUCACGGCUGUCCUGAAGAGGUCCAAGGAUUUUUAUCGUAUUUGGAAGAGAUCCAGUCGGUCCGUCGUCACGCUAACAGCAUGCUGGACAGUAGCAGCCAUUGCAAUCCUCCGGUGUUGGUUCAUUGUAGUGCCGGUGUUGGAAGAACUGGAGUGGUCAUCCUGACUGAGCUGAUGAUGCGCUGCUUGGAGAACAAUGAGAAAAUUGAGAUUCCAGUGAUGCUAAAUUAUCUCCGA